CCCCAGGGCAUUUCAACCCCCAAUACACCCCCAAAAAAAUAACGAGGCGUUCAACAGAUACCCCUCCUAUUGAAUAUCCUCAUAGGUUGAAAAACUUCCAACAGCGUCCCGUCUUCAUCUUUUCCACGGAACCAAAGCACGUAUCAACAAGCUGGAUAACAACAUACUUUACAAAUGGACGGGGACAUUGCCCAACAAGUGCAGAAGUUUGCUGACUUGUGCAAUGAGGCCUUUGGAGGCCAGACAAUUGAAGGACGCUUAAAUUUUGUGCGCCCCGAGGAUACCCGGAUGCACUUUCAGCUGCCCGCGUCAUUCCAACUUUCAACGGACAAAAUGAUUAUGAAGAGGCUGAAAGUCGCCCAAUCUCGGAACAAACCAUAUGAAAGGCUGCCAGUUAAGUCAUCGGUUGACGGCGGCAGCCAGAAUCGCAAAAGACGCAUGUCGACCGGCUCAGCAAGCUUGGGUACCAGUCGGUAUAAUGAUUAUCAGGCUUUCCAGAUAUGCGUUAAUGGCACACCUGUGAUGAGGCGGAAGAGCGACGGUUGGAUCAAUCUCACCCAUAUUUGCAAAGCGGCUGGCAUGCCAAAGGGACAACGGAGCAGGAUUCUUUCCAAAGAACUUCGGCAUGGGCAUGAGCACGAAAAAGUCCAGGGUGGGGCGGCGAGCUUCCAAGGAACAUGGGUUCCCGCCGAUCACGCAAAAUAUUUUGCUAUCAAAAAUGGCAUCUAUGAACAGAUCCAACCGCUCUUUGCUCAUCAAGAUGCAGAGUUUACCAACGUCAUGCCUCCGCAGCAUCCCACGGCCGUGGAAAAACAGCUCCCAAUGUUAACACCGGCAGAUUCACUACCUCGCACUCCAGGAAACCCAAAGGCUCUCAACUUUGUAGAGCUAUCGCACGUGUCGCAAAUGCCGGCUAUGAAUUAUCAAGCUAUGAAUUAUCAAUGUGGAUUUCAUCUCCCUUACCCGCAACAACAACACGAAAUUGGGACUGGCCAUUCAACAAGUGUUAUGCCAACACCCGACGCUGACGACGUCACUAAAUUCCUCCUCAGCGCUAGCGCUCAUCCUCUCGUCAUCAACGCAAUGUGAUGAUCCGAAUUCAGAAUAGUUUUUGUUUUUAUUGUGUUUUUUUUGGUUCAUGUGAUGAUCGAAACUCUUCAUCAUGUAAAUUGCUGACUUUUAAAAGUUGCGCGAAAGUUUUUCCUCAAAAAUUUACUUGUUACUGUGACUGUGCCACUGACCAGGAG